AUGAGAAGCCCUCACCGGCGGGGCGGCUGCGCGAUGGUGACCGUGACGAUGAGUAAGAGCGCCGAGUGGUUACAGGAGGAGCUGGAGUCCGGGGCCGCCGCGCUUCUGCUGCUCGACUGCCGGCCGCACGAACUCUACGAAUCGUCGCACGUCGAGGCGGCCAUCAACGUGGCCAUCCCGGGCCUCAUGCUGCGCAGGCUGAAGAAAGGCAAUCUGCCCAUCCGCUCCAUCAUCCCCAACAACGAGGACAAGGAGAAGUUCGUCAAGCGCUGCAAAAGCGACGUGGUGCUACUGUACGACGAGGCCGGCCCCGAGCGACUGGAGUCCGGGCUAGGGAGUUCCGUGCUCGGGCUGCUCCUGCAGAAACUCCGGGACGACGGCUGCAAGGCUUUCUACCUGGAAGGAGGGUUCAAUAAAUUCCAGUCAGAGUUCCCCGAACACUGCGAGACCAACUUGGACUGUUCAUGUCCCAGCAGCUCCCCGCCAUCGUCUGUUCUUGGGCUGGGAGGCCUCCGCAUCAGCUCCGACUGCUCAGACGGUGAAUCGGAUCGCGAGCCGGGCAGUGCCACAGAAUCUGAGGGCAGCCCGCUGCCCAACAACCAACCAGCAUUCCCUGUCCAGAUCCUGCCAUAUUUGUACCUGGGCUGCGCCAAAGACUCAGCCAAUCUGGACGUGCUCAGCAAGUAUAACAUCAAGUAUAUCCUCAAUGUGACGCCCAACCUCCCCAACAUGUUUGAACACGAAGGGGACUUCAAGUACAAACAGAUCCCCAUCUCGGAUCACUGGAGUCAGAACCUCUCACAGUUUUUCCCGGAAGCCAUUUCCUUUAUUGAAGAGGCACGCUCCAAAAAGUGUGGCAUCCUGGUGCACUGCCUGGCAGGUAUCAGUCGUUCAGUGACGGUGACGGUGGCCUACCUGAUGCAGAAGCUGAACCUAUCGCUCAACGACGCCUACGACUUUGUCAAGCGCAAGAAGUCCAACAUUUCACCCAAUUUCAACUUCAUGGGACAGCUGCUGGACUUCGAGCGGACUCUGGGCCUAAACAGCCCGUGCGACAACCAUGCCACGUCGCCCACCAAUGAGCAGCUCUUCUUUACCACGCCCACUAACCACAAUGUUUUCCAACUGGACACGCUGGAAUCAACGUGA